CGUAAACAAUCAUAUAAACAUAACCUAAAAAUUACUAGGUGUGUUCUUUCCUGUAUUCUGAGUCAGAAUUACAAAAAAAUACUCUUCUUGUUUUGGAGGAACCAUAAACAAAUAAACCUCGAUAUGGCUAAAAACACAUCCAGCUCAGCCUUUAGGAAAAUCGACGUGGAUCAGUAUUGUGAGGAUAAUUAUAAAGAGGAUGAAGUUGACCAAGUUGGACCCCAGGGACCUGAUGAGAAUGAAGUGAAAAACUUACUUCAAAAAGGAAAAUCUAUUGAUGCAUUAAAACUGGUCCUAUCAAAUGCUCCAUUAGGAAGCAAGAAUCAACAAAUUAAGGAGAAUGCUCUAAAUGUAACCUUAAGGGUACUGCUCUCUAUUAAACCCUCCCAAAUAGAAGAGGCAGUAGGUUCACUAGAUCCCGACCAAUUGGACGUUUUAAUGAAAUACGUAUAUAAAGGCUUUGAAAACCCAUCGGAAGGAAGCAGCGGGCAUUUGCUCGUAUGGCACGAAAAAGUGUUUAAUGUUGCCGGAGUAGGCUGCAUUGUUAGAGUUUUGUCGGAUGCUCGUAGGGCCUAAAAUAAAAUUGUAUUUAUGUUUUUUUUUAAUAAUUUUGUUUUGUAUGCUGUAUAAAUUUAAAUAUAAUAAAUAGUUAUUAAGAGAAA